UGCUGCACGAGUGUCCCCAUCCCGCGUGGGCGCCCGCAGCCUCGCGCGCAGGCAGCAAUGCCCGAGGAGCCCUUGGUCUGCGCCGACACCGCGACACGGGUGAGCUCCGUGCUCAACCGGGACGUGAAGCAGUUCGGCAAGACGCACAUGUUCGACGGCGACGAGGACACGUGCUGGAACUCGGACCAGGGCCCGCUGCAGUGGGUGAGCCUGGAUUUCCCGCGCGCUGUCAAGGUCUCCCGGCUCCUCGUGCAGUUCCAGGGGGGAUUCUCCAGCCGCCUCUGCACGCUGGAAGGCUGCCGAACGGGCCAAGAACUGGCGAAAAUAUCCCARUUGUACCCCGAGGACAGCAAUGCCCUGCAGAGCUUCCAGGUGCAAGAGACGGUGCUGGACAAGCUGAAGAUCACCUUCGAGAACGGCACCGACUUCUUUGGGAGGAUCGUCAUUUACCACCUGAACGUGCUGGGGGAGAGGCUCUAGGGUGGCCCCGGGCACGCGGGACAGCAAGGGACGCGCUGGCCACCCUGCCACGUGGCCAAGUGGCCGUCACAGAGAGACGUCAGUGCAAAAACCCGCGGGUCUGGACUUGCAAACCAGCCCGGGGCCCCUGCUCUGGGCCCGUGCACCUGAAUAAACGGGUUGUGCCCCCCCUG